AUGGCAACCUAUAAUUUAUAUCAUUUACCGGAUGAUGUUCUGUUUUUAUCAAAUGAUAAUUUUUAUAAUUUUGUUGCACAAGUAUGUGGAAAAGUUGAAGCUGAACUUUUACAAAUUCAACGUAUACGAAAUGCACGAUCUUUGAUUCGAUCUACAAAUUUAUUUUCGAUUCUUGAAAUUGAUUGUGAUGAAAUUGAUAAAUUAAAACAAAAUCUUUGUUUUACAUCUAAAGAUGGAAAUCAUAUUAUCAGACAAGGUGUGAAGCUGAACUUGGAUAAUUUAUAUGAUGUAUUGAAGGAAAAACAAGAAAAAUUUUUAAAAAAGCGACGGCAACAAGAACUAUUAUGUUCAAUUUCAACAUUACAAACAACAAAUACAGGUGUAAAUGAUAAUAAUAAUAAUAAUUUAACUACACAAAAUCUUGUAGUAAACGUUACAACAGAUUCAAAUUUAUCAUCUUUACAAUGUAGAUCAAUAAAUGAUCAUGCAAUUUUUAUAAAAGAUUUAAUAGAAAAAUUUUCAUUUAAAACAUUUACAUCAACUAUCUUGAAAAACGAUGAACAUUAUCAAUUGAUAAUUACACAAGAUGGACAAAAAUUCAAAGCUAUUAUUAAAUGUCAAUGUGGUGCAAAAUUAAUAUUACCAUCUCGUUCUGGAACAUCAACAUUCAUUUUAUCUAAUUUUUAUGCUCAUUCAAUAACAUCAAAUUGUUCUAUGGCUGAACGAAUUCGAAAACAGGAGAAAAAGACAACUGAUAAAGAAACAGCUGCUCAACCAUUAUCAAUUUCAGAUUCACAACUACCAACACCGUCUUCUAGCCAUAAUAGUUCUGUUAUUACAAAUUCUUCAAAAAGAAUACAUAAUGAUAUUCGAUCUGAAAUAAAUAAAAAUUCAAGUAAAAAACAAAAACGAUAA